CUCUGACCAGGGGCUGCAUUGUCUUGAACACACAGAGGCUGCGCCUGCACUAGGCAGGACAAACAGUUGAUUGAGAGUGGCCCACUCUUGGACGCACUCUCCCUCGCAAGCUGGAGUGUGCCCAUCAUGCAAACUGUGCCUCUAUUGUGGAUCCUUCUCACAUUUCAGAAGUCUUUCUUUGUGAGUGGUGCGGAGUCAGUGGUGUGACACGCUGUCUGCAUUGUACUAUGCACACCCAACAAUUCUAACAAUUCCUUAAGGUGUUGGACAUUCUACACCGCAGACGUGGACAAUCUCCGAAGCAUCCUCGUCAGUCCCUGCAGUUCUGUGUCCGCAGGCCUUGCGAAAGGAGACAGGGGAGAGCAGCGAGAGCACAAUGUGUCAAUGAGUCUGAUUGUCCCCGUCUGCUGCGUGUACAUGUCCCAUCGAGGGUGAGAUCUGCACCAUGACCACAUCACACUGGACCCUGGCACUUAUAGUUCUAUGUCUCAUCCAGGGGUCUGUCUGCCAGUGGUCUGUCUGGGUCGAUGACGCUGUUCAAGCUUGGGAAGGAGAGUCCGUGAUAUUGAACUGUUCGUUCCAGUACCCUGAUCCGAUCCGAGACCCCUCCACCGUAACCGCCAGGUGGCUGAAGAACUCCCCCUUCCCCAAUAACCACCAGGCUGCGGAAAUAUACAACAGCAGGGAGCUGGAGAAUGUCUCUCCCGAUGUGCAGCUGAUCGGAGAUCUGAAUGAGAGGAACUGCUCACUCCAAAUCGAAAACAUCCACAAAGCAGACACCGGGAUUUACUACUUCCGGUUCGAACUGGGCCAGGGCAACAACUGGUCUGGAGAAAAUGGGAUCAAUGUCCAAGUAUAUGGUCGCCCCACAAAGCCGGAAAUACGUGUCCCAGAAGAAGUGAUUGAAGGUGACGAAAUGGUGUCUUUGGUCUGUUCCUCCACGAACAUUGAUCAAAGAGGCCGAGCCACUCUGAGCUGGGAAGGUAUCUCCGAUCUGACGGACUGGGUCCCCAGAACUGAAGAACAAUGGGCUGGAUACUCCUGGUCAUUGACGAGUAAUUUUGCAUUCACCCCAUCCUACCAGCACCACAACACGGCCAUCAAAUGUGUGGUCAAUUACAUACCAUACCCAUACUCAGAUGAAACUGAUGUAACACUACAAAUAAGAUACCCUCCAAAAAGCACAGUUCUUCUCGUGAAUGCAUCACAGGAAGAAAUAAAAGAAGGUGACUGUGUUACACUUGUAUGCGUUGGCAACAGCUUUCCUGAAGCUAACUAUACCUGGUACAAGAAAGAUCGAUUCACAAAUAGAACGGAAAUUCUAAGUACAGUAAGCAGCAAUGUAUUAUUCCAAAAAAUAUCAAGGAAGAACUCUGGAUUCUACAACUGCAUGGCCACAAAUUAUUUGGGAAGCAGUUUGUCUUCAGAAGUCGAAAUCGAUGUGCAAUAUAAGCCUGACAAGGUAACAAUCAGCCAGGAAGUCCUGUACAAGUGCAUUGCUGAGGCCAGUCCUCCUGCUGUCAUCACAUGGAAGAUCAGUGAUGAAAGUAUAAACCUCACUGAUCCCAGGGUCAGUAUAAAGUCAGAAUUCAAUGGCACACAUUCAGUUAGUACACUGAGACUGGACACAACAGCAAGCUUUUGUGUUUCGUGCCUAGCUCAGAAUAAACAUGGAGUAUCGGUUACAGAGAGGUGCCCACCUGGUACAUUCACCAAGACAUUGUUGGUGGCGGUUGGGGUCAUUGCCAGUGGAGUGGUUGUCAUCAUCAUUUUCGUCAUUGUUGCCUGGAGAAAAAAGAAGGAAGUGAUUGGAGGGCAAGAGUUGGAAAGUGAUUCCCAACCUGUGAUCUACACUGAAGUGCAGACACCAAAAAAGACUCAGGCAACUCAAUCUGAGGCCAGUGGCAGACGAGAAAACGAAUUUGCCUACGCUAACCUGCAGCAAGAAUCAAUCACACCAAGGCAGGCAAAAGCUCAGAGUGACAGAGUGGAGAUCUUGGGGACUGUGUGAAAGAACGCGGACGGAAUGCUGCAAUCAGUUCAUUGACACGAAUGGCAGAGAAUCGGCAAAACUGUAAACGACACUGAAAAAAAAAUUGAGCGUGGUAUUUUUUACGGGUAAAGUAAUUUGGAAAUGAACCCUAACUGUAUUUUUUGUACAAUGGAAGUAAAAUAGUUACGGGCUGUCAAAUGUAUAAAGUAUCAAACUCCUUGUGUGUUAUGUGGACACCUGUAAUUUACUUCCUGUCAUGUUUUGUCACACUUGCUUUCCACUCAUUUCCUCCAGUUGCCCAUUAUUUUUCCAUCCCACUUCCCCUCUUUCUGCUUUUCCCUGUCAUGUACCUCACAAACACUCAACAUUCACUUGGCUUGCAAAAUUCUUCCCCCUAUUUUCUUAAUAGCGUAGAAGCAUUACCUGCUCUGUCUCACCGUGAGCAAAGCCUCAAGAUAUUUCACAAAAUUUAAUUUAUUGUAAGCUGGAAUAUUGAAAAUUCUUGAAGAUCCAUAGUGAUUUUAGAUUUCAUCUGAUCCCCCCCGAUUUUAUAGAUUAUCUCAUCAAACAGAUAGUGUUAAAAUGUAUGAAAUCUGCAUGACUAGAUAUUGCAAUGUGACAGAGGGCUUCCAUUCAAAUACAAAUACAGUCCACAUGGAUAGAAAGUCCUCUGAUUGCAGGAGUACUAUGUAAACUUUGACUCAUCUUGUUCCAUUUUAUAGUGAUCUUGAGCAAGCGGCACAAAUAAUUUAACCUAAUUUCCAGUUUUUCUCAAAGACACAGUGUUCCUAGAUGAGAUUGUGCCAAAGUAGAGGAGGUCCAACAGCAUCUUUACUCUUAGUCUAAUCAAGCUAUAUCUGGCCCCUGAGUACAUGAUGCUAACACUUGAGAGCUGAUGUUUCUGAAUAUGCACCAGGAAAUCGAAGAGUACACAGGCAGAAAAGCAAGGGCACAGCUCAUCAACACACUCACCAACCAGGAACAUCUCCUUUCUUCCUGGAAGUUCUCCAACCUUGGUAUCUGAUGUCUUCCUGAUGGCAAGUGCUCGUUCAUCUAUCCUCAGACCGACGUAAAUAAGGUUCAUGUGUCUGCCGUCCCACCUCGAUCCGAUGUUUGGUUUCCCCCCUGAUCUUUAACAAUCCUCGUGUUUUCUUCAACUCUCUCUGUCCGCCACUAAACUGAUUGGCUUCGUGUUCUGGCUUUGCCAGCGCUGCCCAGGCAUUUUCCGUGAGGUUUAAGCACACACCGUCAUACUCCCUCCUCCAGUCGCUCAACAAGUCCACUUUGCCAAUUAACCUUGGGAGAGUGAAUGGAUCUGGCAGAAUCGUUCUUGACUGUCAAUCAAACAGCCCCUUGUCCCACUGCCCAACAUUCAUUUUGUGGCCACAUUGUUUUAUCACUUGGACUUUGCACGUUUUCUCACAGCGUGUUCCUGGAGUGAUCAGGACAGUCCAGGAAGGAUAGCAACUGUAGUGUGGUGCUCUACCUUUGUCGCUUCCUACCCAUCUUAGUCUAUUCAAUGAAGUAAUUUCUCUCUAUAUCUACUUCCUAGUAUAUCUGUUUGUUUUUCUGUGUGUUUACCUCUCUCCCUUACGAUCACUUUCCCUAACCUAUCCCUCUCCCUACCCCUUGCUUUCUCUUUACACCAUACAAUCUUCACAUCUGAUGUAUAUCCAUUUCUCUACUUCUAUCAGUGUUUCUUCCUAUCUAUCUUGCUACCUCAGUCUUCUUUCCUUCCUUAUCAUUUCCUGUGUCUCACUGUUUUUAGAUUAAAUUAGAUUACUUACAGUGCGGAAACAGGCCCUUCGGCCCAUCAAGUCCACACCGACCCUCCGAAGAGCAACCCGCCCAGACCCAUUCCCCUACAUUUGUUGCAGCUUCUGAUUUUCUCUCUUCCCAAUGACAUUUCCAAUGAAGAGACUAGUGUAACAUUUUAUAGGUGAACUCAUAUUAAACUAAACUCAACACCCAUUAAAUAAUUGCAAUUAAAAAAUUUUUGCCACAAUAAAAGUAGGAAUAAACCUAGAAUUUAAAAAAAAUAAACUAACAAUACAAAUACAGAGACCUAAAUCAGCAGAUAAUGUUUCAACAGUUAAUUAGCGUUAUAUCAGCUCGAUAUUAAUCGCCUUAAGUUAUUUUCUCUUACACUUGUUUAGAUAUGAAAACCAAUUUUAGUUGUUCAAAGUGUUCAGAGUCACCAGGCACUGAAUCUCAGGAAUGAAACAUACCACCACUUCUGUAAAAAAGCAUUUCACAAACAAAAUGUUGCUUUAAAUAUGCUGCAUUUGUAUAAUUACAAAUUGCUGAGAAUGACAACUUGGUCUGCAGAUAGGAAGUGGCGUAUCCCUUCAGCAAUAUCUGGCUAGAGUGUAAUGCAAUGACAUUGGGUCAUCUGCAUUUCAAUGACAAUAUUAAGCUGUAUAAUAUGAAGCACGGUCAUUUUAACUUUAGAGAGGGCGCGAUUGUAUUAACCCUCUCAAGACGAAACAAUUGGACAGAGAUUACAACGGGCAGCAAUUCAAUAGCACCAUCUCCCAUUAUUACAAAUACCCCAUUGAUUUCUCUCACAAGCUGCCAUCGGUUUAUUGGGAGUUGGCGCCUGGGGAUGUUCGGUAUGUUACAAUGUCCUUUUUUAAAAAAAUAUAUAUAUUUAGUGAAAAUACCUUUAUGUCUGUACAGCGAUGGGCUUUGUCUAUGAAUUUCACUAUGUUCGUCCAAAACUUGUAAUAAAUAUGUAAAUCGAGUAAUUGUGGAUUAAUUACUAACUGGAAUAUUCCACCCCAAGAAUUAA